CUGCAUUUAUAUAGGAGAUGUUUCAUAUUUCAGUUCCUUCUUCUUACAUUUUUCAUCGGCAUUCCAAUUCUUUACAUGCAGAUGGCUCUUGGGCAGUAUUUGGGAUCUGGCAUGCUGGACAUGUGGUAUAUAUCCCCUGCUUUCAAAGGAUUGGGCUUUGCAAUGUUGUACUUAAACAUACUUUUGGGCAUUUACAAUGCUGUUCCUUUGUCAUGGCUGUUCAUAUAUUUCAAAGAUUCCUUCAUCACUCUCAAAGACUCAUAUAAAUGGGGAAAGUGUCAUCAUUACUUUGCAAGCAAUGGCUGUGUUCGAGCUUUAAAUUCAUCAGCUGCUGAUUUUUAUGGUUGGUCUGUGCCAUCCUAUUUUCAUGGGCGUGUUCUUGGAAGGAAGCCAUUGGAAUAUCAGUUAGGCGAGCUGAAAUUUGAAGUAGCUUUCAAUCUGUGUCUUGUUUGGUUGAUUAUUUUUGUUUGUUUGAGCCGUGGACCAAAAACAUUUGGAAAAGUAGUUUAUGUAUUUGGUAUGCUGCCUAUUGCACUUCUAAUGAUGGUCACUAUGCGAAUGGGGCAACAGUGGAGUGAAGGAAUACUGGAAUUAUUUUCUGCUCCUUGGAGACCUGUUUUACUAGAUACAACCGCAUGGGGCCUCGCUGCCCGAGAAGCAUUUAUUACUUGGGGUUUACUCGCUAGUGUUGCUUUGCAUAUUUGUAGUCAUAACAAGACUUCCACUAACAUUACAAAAAACCUAAUUGCAGUUGCGAUAACUUCAGUUGUUGUCUUGAUAACUGCAGCUUUUCUUUUUGCUUGUGCUGUUAAUGUAUUUCAUAAAAGAAAUCUUUCUUUAUCAUUCACAACAUAUGAAGAAGAAUCAUUUGUCAAAGUCUUGAAACCUGGUGCUUGGCCUUAUAAAAAUAUUUCAGUAUCCAGCUUGAUCUUGGGUGUGAGCAUCAUUCCAAACGAGAACCUUUCCUUUCACAGUGGCUAUCAGGUUCUACGUCUGGCAACAGAGGUGUUUCCUGCUGCUUUAGCAGUUGAAGGUGUGCGAAAUAUAUCAUCAUUUUGGGCCAUUUGUUUUUACACAUCAAUGAUUCUGUUUGGAUUUGGGCAGCAGGUUGUUUUGUGGUAUUCUGUAGUUGAAUCAAUCAUAGACAUCAACUACAAAGUACUCAAAGCUUGGCAUACUACGUUGACUUUUAUUUCAUGCAAUUUGGCAUUUCUGCUUGGUCUUCCAAUCACAUCCAGUAUUGGCUUGUACAUUAUUUACUACAUAGACUUUUCAGUUAGUUCUCUCUGGUGGAUUGCUUUGAUGUAUUUCACGAUGUUGUUUGUAAUUUUAUUUAUUCGUGGUCGACCAUAUGGCACUGAUCAACUAGUCACCAUCAUAAGUCGAGACCCGAUGCGUCGAUCAAAAAUUUUGCCAUUCCUUACUUUCAUCUGGAAUAUAGUCUUGCCUGUGUCUUUCCUUUUGAUGACCAUUUCAUUCUUGAGAUCCAGUACAAUUGAUUCAUCUUCUGCUAUGGGAAGACUAAUGGAAAAUUAUCAGUAUUGGCAGCAGUGGGCGAAGAACUUAAACUUAUGCAUUCAAGUGUUCCCAACGAUAGUUAUCUUCUCUGUCUGUGGAUAUCAAGCAUUCUCAAUUUUUCUAAACAAAAGAGAGAUGUCUAUUUGUGAGCGACUCAAGUUAUUGUGCUGUCCCGUCCUCCCCAUGCCACCAAGUAGCAGACACUCUGUGGCAUCUUCAUCCAACCUAAGCAGUGGUUCGUCCACCACUGGAUGUCUGGAUGACCCUCCUCCUAAAUACACCCCUCCUCCUUCAUACUCCACUGCAACCUCACGCAUGUUGGCAAAACAGUUGGAUAGCCAAGUGCAGAGUAGCAGCUGCUCCAUUGACUUUGAUACUUUAAGUGAGGGUGCAAACUCAGCAGCAAGCAAUUGCGCUCAAUCUCUUCCUAAUUCCAGAGAAAGUGUUUCGUCCAAUAACGGUGUUCAUCAGUGAAUGCGACUCAUGUAAAGUUGCAUUGAAAGUAUUACCUUUUGCGGUGAAUUUAGUUUUGGUGCAAGCAUUGACAACUUUUUUACAUCGUUGUGUGAAGUUUAUUUUAAUUUAUUUACUUUGUUACAAUUUCGAGGAGUAUUUUUCCCAUACAGACAUGUAAAAAAUUAAAGGAAAAGAACUGUUCUGCAUGAGUAAAGUUGUGUAACGUUUGGGGGAAAUUUAAACUUUCAUUGUUUCAUUGCAAUAAACUUAUACUAAUAUUUUUCUCUUUUUUCUGAAGGUCUUAGGAUUAUUUCUACCCUUAUUUGUGAUGCAAUAUUUCUUCAAGAUGUUUUUGUAUGUCAGGCAUUAAAUUGUAUGUCUUUUUUUUUUUUUUUUUGACACUCUAAAAUGACUAAUAUUAAAAAUUACAUUUUAAUGAGGAUAAUUUUUCAUGAAAACUCGAUGAAAAUUAUCAUCAAUGACACCAUGAAGUUUAAAUUUCUCUACUUAAAACCAGAAGAAAUUCAUUAAGUUUGCCUCAUACACUACAUGAAUGACUUAGUUAAGUUCAUGGAAUGAACCUAGACAUGUGUCUCACUUACAUAGCAUUUAUUCAUAUUUAAAAUUCAUUUCAUUGUGUUAGCAGUUUAUUUUCCUUUUCUGCUUUUAAUUUAUUUUUUACCUCCUGUUUUUUAAUCAAUUCAUAAAAGUCGAGCUUUUCAGUUACUAACUAGUAAUUUGAAGAUCAAUGUAGUGUAUAUGUUAAAUAUGCAUCUUUUCCCUAACUGUACACUUGAGGAAAUUCAAUGUGAAUGUGGCAUGAAUUUUCUUUGAAAACUGCUUGUAUUAGUCUUAAAAAUAAUUCCUUCUUCAGUGCAAGAAAACGGAGCUAUGUAAGAAAUAUCAGUUAUUUUUCCACCUGGCUUCAUUUUAUUGCAAUGGACAUUGAGACUUUAA